AUACAAAAUUUAGUACCGGCACUGGAGAGUAAAAGUGCCUUCUCUGUUUUUCUUACUAAUAAAUGCGAAUAGUAUAUAUUUUUAAAUUAAUAUUCUUUAAUUAAUUUCCAUAGAACAUAGGUCUACGAAACGACGACAGAACACAAUUUUAAUAUUUAUUGUAAACAUAACGUGGAGCAAGGUGGAGGCGCUUCAUUAGGAAACUAUGGAAAAGGCUUUAUUUUUCUUCUUCGUGUUAUAUUUAACGUGCCAAGUCCAAACAGAGGUUGGACCCUGCGGCUCUAGGAAUUUCCAGUGUGGCAAUGGGAAGUGUAUUACAGUGAGAUGGAUAUGUGAUGGUACAGAUGAUUGCGGUGAUGGUACUGAUGAGCUCCCUGCCUCCUGCAUGACAAAGACGUGCAAACCCACCGAGUUCCAUUGUGGUGGACGGCUAAACCAGUGUGUGCCUAACAGCUGGAAAUGUGAUGGGAAGGCUGACUGUGAGAACGGAGCUGAUGAAGCAGGCUGCACUCCCAGACAGUGUCUGAAUGGUGAAUUCAGCUGCACAAAUGGUCAGUGUGUGUCUCGGGCUUUCGUCUGUGAUGAAGACACUGACUGUGAUGAUGGCAGUGAUGAAGCACAGUGUCAGCCCACUACCUGCAGCUCCACUGCUUUUCGCUGCAACAACUCAGCCUGCCUGCCGCGCCUGUGGGCCUGUGACGGAGAUACCGAUUGUUCGGAUGGUUCAGACGAGUGGCCUCAGAAUUGCGGCAACCAACCAUCUCCAUCUCCCAGGAGGCCCUGCUCCAAUAUAGAGUUCCAUUGUGGCACUGGGGAGUGUAUUCCAAACCCCUGGAGAUGUGACGGAGAUGCGGACUGCCCGGAUCGAUCAGAUGAGAAAGACUGCGCCGUAUCCACAUGCCAGCCAGAUGAGUUCCGCUGUGGUGAUGGAUCAUGUAUCCACGGGAGCCACCAGUGCAACCAGGUGCAUGACUGUCAGGAUAUGAGUGAUGAACUGGGCUGUGUCAAUGCAAGCCAUUGUGAAGCACCAUCCAGGUUUCAGUGUCGCAGCGGUGAAUGCAUCAGCAUGGACAAAGUUUGCGACAAGCAUCGUGAUUGUAGGGAUUGGUCUGAUGAGCCGCUGCGUGAGUGUGAUUCUAACGAGUGUCUGUACAACAACGGUGGCUGCUCUCAUAUCUGUAAUGAUCUAAAGAUUGGCUACGAAUGCUUGUGCCCCAGUGGAUUCCACUUGGUAGACAAGAAACGCUGUGAAGAUAUUGAUGAGUGUGCCAAUGGGGACACAUGCAGUCAGAUCUGUGUGAAUCAGGUGGGCAGCUACAAGUGUGAGUGCUCUGAAGGUUACCAAGUGGAUCCAGCAACUAAAGCCUGCAAAGCUGUUGGAACUAUUGCCUAUCUGUUCUUCACUAAUCGCCACGAGGUGAGGAAGAUGACUCUGGAUAAGAGCGAGUAUGUGCAAGUCAUCUCCCGUCAGAAAAACAUAGUUGCAUUGGACAUGAAUAUUGGCACCAAGGAGCUCUUCUGGACUGAUCUGUCCCACAAGAAAAUUUAUAGAGCUCCCAUGGAUGCAGCAUUAGACGCAUCUCAGCAUAGCAUUGUGAUUGACUCUGACUUGGGUGCACCUGAAGGGAUUGCAGUGGACUGGAUCCAUGAUAAUAUCUAUUGGACAGAUAGUAUACGUGGAGCUAUCUCUGUAGCCACAGCAGAUGGAAAGAAGCGCAAGACGCUCUUUAGAAAAGACCUGACCAAGCCAAGAGCUAUUGUGGUUGACCCAAUUAAGAAUUUUGUGUACUGGACUGACUGGGGUUUGCCUGCUAAGAUUGAGAGGGGAGGCCUGAAUGGAGUUGAUCGCAGCACUUUGGUGUCUGAUAACAUUGUCUGGCCCAAUGGGAUAACUCUUGAUCUGUUGAACCAGCGUCUGUACUGGGUGGACUCUAAACUGCAUACCCUCGCCAGCAUUGAUGUGCAGGGAGGUGGCCGUCGUACACUCAUUAUAGACCAGGGUAGACUGGCACAUCCGCUAAGUGUCACAGUGUUCGAGGAGCGAGUAUUCUGGACUGAUGUUAGCAACAACGCUAUCCUGAGUGCUAACCGUGUGACAGGGGAAGACAUCACAAAAGUGGCAGAACACAUAACAUCUCCAGAGGACAUUGUGCUCUUUCACAACCUGAAGCAGCCCAGUGCUGUGAAUUGGUGCAAGUUCAACAAUGGCGGAUGCGAGUUCCUGUGCUUGGCUGCACCACAGGUCAGCGUCUUCUCACCCAAGUAUACAUGUGCUUGCCCAGACAACAUGACGCUGGACAAAGAUAUGAGGAAAUGUGUCCCUGCUGUUCCAACAACAGCACAACCAGUCCAGCCCAGAGUUCCUACCACAAGCCGCCCUCAUAUAACCCCACAUACGACACCAAAACCGUCUGCCGCAAGUCCCACCAAAACCUCAGCUCGACUCUUCACCACUACUGUGAAGUCACCACAGAAGCCCACAGAAACAGCCAGAGCCCAAACUCCUACAGUCAUAACUCACUAUGAAGUGACCACACAAACAAACAGUCACAAUGCUAUUGCUGCAGUCAGAAAAGACUCUUCAACAUUGCUGGCUCUUUACAUUGCAUUGCCCUUCGUGGUGUUGUGCCUCCUGGGAUUUGGUGGCAUGUUGCUGUGGAGGAACUGGAAGCUGAAGAACACCAACACCAUCCAUUUUGAGAAUCCAGUCUACCAGAAGACCACAGAGGAUAAAGUUCACAUCUGCAAGAACUACAGCUCUGAGGGCUACUCCUACCCACCGAGGCAAGUUGUCAGCCUUGAUGAUGAAUUAUAAACUUUAACAUCUAUGCUAAGCCUGCCUACACAAUCUGAUGGUGCUGCAGUAACAUGCUGUAACAAGCUCAGUGAAUGGAUGUUUAAAAACUGUUGUUGUGUCCAAGUGACACCAGAUCACGUUUUUAGAGGCAGUUCCUGCGGCAGGCUCGUCCAGGCUCGUCCACUAGGAAAUGCACAGAAACAAAGCAACCUCAAAAAAAGAAGAACCUUGUGUUAUUGUAACUUUUCUAAGAGAAAGAGUGAGUGUGUGUGUGUGUGUGGUAUGUCUGUAUGUGAGAAAAGAGUGCAGAAUUGUUAAAUAGAAGAUUCUCAUUGAAGUAUGAAGUAUUGUAAAUAUUGUGUAUGUGGAGUUUUGCAUUUUUGAAUGAACUGUAAAUACUAGUUCACACAUUACUAUAUGGUAUACACUAUAUGGCCAUAUGGGCAUAUGAUCCCAUUCCAGAUUUAGUCCUCCUCUCCUGUUAAUAAUAAGCUUCACUCUUCUGGAAAGUCUUUCCACUAGACUUUAGGGUGUGGCUGUGGGGAUUUGUGCUCAUUCAUCCACAAGAGCAUUUGUGACACUGAUGUUAAGUGAGACGUCCUGGAGCACAGUCUGUGGUUCCAGUUCAUCCCAAAGGUGUUCAGUGGGGUUGAGGUCAGAGCUCUGUGCAGGACAUUUGAGUUCUUUCACUCCAACCUUGCCAAACCAUGUCUUCAUGAAGCUCGCUUUGUGCACAGGUGCAUUGCCAUGCUGGAGCAGAUUUAGGCAUCCUAGUUCCAGUGAAAGGAUUUUUAUAAUACUACAGCAUAAAAAGACACCCUAUAUGAUUGGGUGCAACUGUUUGGGGAGGACCCACAUAUGAGUGUGAUGGUCAGGUGUCCAUUAGCUUCUGACCAUAUAGUGUAAGUACCAAAUCCUCAGGUCAUACACAUAUAUUUAUGGCUUAUUUGUAAUAAGCUUUUGUCAGUAGUGAAUAAAGAUGCAACAUCUUCUGCUCCAUGUAAAACAUUAGUCCUCAAAAGGGUGCUCUCAUUACUUCAGAUGAAUUGUACAACAGCAGUUUUUUGAUAAACCAAAGUCUACAACAGAAAAAUAUUUGCAAAUAGAAACACUUUGCAGAUCAUCAUUGUUGUCAAACAUAGUUCAACAUAUCUAAUAUCUUUUUGUUUCUUAUUAUAAGGUUACCGUAAACCAAAUUUAGGAUUAUUAAACGUAUUUCUAGACAUAUAUUACUGUUUUAUUUUCUUUUUCUAGAUUCAGCUUCUUUCUAAAAAUGAAUGCUUAAAAUUAGCAAAAUGAUUUGCCAAUAUUACAAGAACAUUUAAAGCUCCAAAAUGUUUCAUAAUAUUUAAUAGGUUUAAUAAACUAAGAUUUGGUUUAUUUUAAAUCUUCUAAUAAGAAAUAGAUCAGUUUAACUAGAUUUAAGAUAUUUGAACUUGUGGCCAUUUUUUUUUUUUUUUACAGUGUUUUGUUUUGUGCUUUGUUCAGUCAUCCCUGUGAUUUAAGAUGUCAGACUUGUGCAUGUGUUAUUCAUCCAUGAAGAUGUGUAAAUAUUUAACUUCCAUAUGUAAAUACAAUUUUUGUCACCCUAGUUUGGACAUUUUUAAAGCCUUCAGAUGUACAAAAAUUAAUUUCUUUAUUUAUUGUACAAUUCAAAUGCCUUAAUUGACAUUUGGAACGACUUUAUCUGCAUCAUCCCUCUUUCUAAAUCUAAAGAGUCUGUUGUACCAUUAUGUAUGAUGCUAUAUCAGCUGAUGUAGUUGUGCACAGAAUGAUCUAAAAAAAAAAAAAAAGGUAUGAACUAUGACUUGUAUUUUUAUGAAGAAGUUCUGAAAUUGUCUUAUACUGAUUUGGUUUUUUAAAAAAUGAAAUAAACAUAUACAAUACUUUUUUUA